GAUGUACCUCUGUAGGAGGCCACCCACGUGGCGGGCUGCCCGUGCGACUCCUCGAGGUCACGCGGCAGAUCGGGCCGCCUCCGCCGCCGCCGCCACAGCUUCCCGCAAUUACAAAAUAGUUUUAUUCCUAGGUACACCAUUGCUCCUAUGGUCAUCACGAUGAUACCAGGUAUGAUGAGGUCUCGAACAGGAUCAAAAGAUCUCGUGUAGAAGCUGGUGUCGUCGAGCAGGUAGCAGCGCCGCGACGCCUCAUCCCAGAGGAGGCCGCGCUGGCAGCGGCACGUGCGCGCCUCGGACGCGCUGCACUCCAUGUGCUCGUCGAUGCGCAGACAGUCCUCGUUGCUGCGGCACUUCUCCCCGUACUCGUUCGCUACGCAGGGGAAGAGUCCCGAGUGGCUGGGCUCGCAGACGCAACGGUCGUUCUUGCACGUGUAGCCCGGUAGGUUGACGCACGCCAUUGAAUCCUCGCAGAAUAUGACACCCGCCGUGGCAACAAUGUUGAGGUUGAGCGCCAGUACGGAGGCAGCGAGGGCUCCGCUGUGUCGCAUCAUGCCGGAGGCGGGCGCGACUCGUAGGCGAUGGACGUCGGGGCGUCUUGGGGAGACAGACGAGAACGCGUCGCACUCGACUCGUCAGUUCCAGGUUCCGGCCUCGGACGCAGCAGCCAGAGGAAACGUGUCUCACGCACCACGUCCGACCAAAACGAGCGUUCGCCCUCCCUAAGUGGCGUAUUGAUCGCGGCGCGGCGCCCUCUACCCCCUCCGUCGCGGGGUGGCGCCCAGCCCAGCCCAGCCCCGCUCCGCUCCGCUCCGCUGGGGCACUCGCAGAGAUUGAUUGAGAGCGGGGCGCCCUCGCCGCGCGGUGACGUCGCCUCCAGGCGAGGGUGUCAAGCCGCUUCGAUGAUUUAUUGCGCAUGCAAUAUCUCCUGUCUCCAAGACGAUUUAAAUAUUAGCACUUUUUCGAUAUUGCCAAUUUAAUUUAUCGUCGCUCGAUUUAUUCUUGUUUAGAUGGCUUUUCUACAUAUAAUUCUGAAUAUAAAGAUUUUGGCUUCAAAUUGCCAUCUGAUAUCUUCUAAAGUAGUAAAGGGAAGCCCUGGGUGAAUCUUUGCCGUGUGUAUUUCCACGAAUUGCGGGUUCCCAGGUUAAGUUUGAGAAAUUGUUUUGAACUGUUGGCUGAAUUGCUCCUAAUGUGCAUUGGUAAUACUGUGAGCAUGUUAAGAUUCCUUACCAUGACGUGAUGUAUAUGUACUAUCUGUGACUUACAACGUAGUGUUUUUAUGAUUUAUUUUAGAGACGAUCAGUAUCAAUCAGUAUGUGUUGGAGUGUGUGACGUGUAGAUAAGAUGUGACCCUGUGCAAUUACAUUAUAUUUACUUAACUAUAUUUUGUAGAUAUUGUUCGUAAUUUUUGAAGAAUUUAGUUCACACGGAACGUACAGUGGAAUGGAUGUACAGAUUUUCUUGGUGGUUUCUCAUUCGAUGUAAAUGCUGUUAUCUAACGGUGUCGUGACGGCGACACUUCUAGUCAACAUUCCGCGGGUUUAGGUUGACGAGAACUGACAGAAUGACGGGUCCUAUGGCGAGGAAUAGGUGCAGUUUUUCUUGACAACAAAUUAAAUUUAGAUCUAUUAAUUACACGGAAGAGGAAUUGAAAAUGGACAUGCAUUUUUAUUUACGUCGUAAAGUGCUAUUCGGAGUGAUGAUUGUCUUCAUGUUUUGUUUGGGUCUUUCCUCAAUUUUGGCACAGCUGGGAGAUGUUUCGUAUGCAAUGUCAACUGAAGAACGCCUCGAGUUGAAGGAGGAGGCUCGAGAUAUGUUUUAUCAUGCGUAUAGAGCAUACAUGGAAAACGCAUAUCCUGCUGAUGAGUUGAUGCCUUUAAGUUGUGGCGGUAGAUGGAGAGGUACAGGCCCAAGCCGUGGGGACAUUGAUGAUACUUUGGGAAAUUUUUCCUUGACAUUAGUGGAUGCAAUGGACACAUUAGUAGUUCUAGGUGAUCUCGAAGAAUUUGACCAUGCAGCCCAGUUGGUUGUGCAAGAUGUAAACUUUGAUAAAGAUGUGAUAGUGUCAGUUUUUGAAACCAACAUUCGUGUUUUAGGAGGCCUACUCUCAAGCCAUAUAUUAGCAGAGUACUUGCAGCAAAGGGCAGGCAUUAUGCAGUGGUAUAAAGGACAGCUGUUGGAUCUGGCCAAGGAUCUUGGUUUUCGUUUGUUGCCUGCAUUUAAUUCCACUACAGGAAUUCCUCAUGCAAGGAUAAUGGGCACUGUUAGAACUUUUGGAGUUCAUUUAGAAUUAAACAAAGAUGAAAUACCAAAAUGUGGUAUGAAUGAAACAUUACACGCUCCUCUAAAUUUAAUUGAUGAUGUAACAAAUUAUGAUUCGGGUGCAGAAGAAAAUCCAAAUGUAGAUUAUUUACCAGCAAGUCGAGUAAAUGCUAGAAUUAACUUACGUUAUGGAUUGAAGACUGCCAAAUUAGAAUCUUCUCGAGAAACGUGCACUGCUUGUGCUGGAACUAUGAUAUUAGAAAUGGCUGCGCUGUCAAGACUUACUGGAGAACCCAUAUUUGAGGAAAAAGCCCAUAGAGCUAUGGAUGAACUGUGGAAGCUAAGACAUCGAAGUUCUGAUUUGAUGGGAACUGUACUUAAUAUCCAUUCUGGAGACUGGGUGCGACGUGAUUCCGGAGUUGGUGCUGGAAUUGAUUCUUAUUAUGAAUAUUGCUUGAAGGCUUACAUUUUACUUGGAGAUGAACGUUACCUUGGACGUUUUAACACACAUUACUCAGCUGUGAUGAAAUAUAUUAGCCAAGGUCCAAUGCUUCUGGAUGUUCACAUGCAUCGUCCUCAUACAAAUUCAAGGAAUUUCAUGGAUGCUCUUCUGGCUUUUUGGCCUGGAUUACAGGUUUUGAAAGGAGAUAUAAAACCAGCUGUGGAAACUCAUGAAAUGUUGUACCAAGUAAUGCAACGACACAACCUUAUUCCAGAAGCAUUUACUACUGAUUUUCAGGUGCACUGGGGACAACAUCCUUUACGGCCUGAGUUCUUAGAAUCUACAUAUUUUUUGUACAGAGCUACUAAUGAUCCAUAUUAUUUGGAAGUAGGCAAAAAUGUUCUUCGAAGUCUCCAAAAAUUUGCAAGAGUUCCUUGUGGAUAUGCUGCAGUGAAGGAUGUUCGAACAGGCAUUCAUGAAGAUCGGAUGGACUCAUUUGUACUUGCAGAAACAUUUAAAUAUUUAUACCUGCUUUUUGCGGAUCCAUCAGAUUUGGUUUUAGAUCUUGAUGAAUUUCUUUUCACUACAGAAGCUCACCUUUUACCUCUUUCUUUGGCUCGAAACUCCAAUUACAGUGUUGUCACAAUAUCAGAACAGUUGGAAAUGAAAUCAGAAGAGGAGCAUGAAUUCGCCCGUAUUUGCCCAAACACACUCCAUUUGUUUCCAGAGUCUGUUCGUCAACCAUUACGCAACAUGGUGGAUGGUGUGUGUCCUCGUCGUGUUAUGAGGCGGCGGCUUCAUGCACCAGAUUUUCAGGCUGGAAAUCCAGAUCAUAUGAAACUGGUAAAGGAUAUGGGUAUAUCAAUUCUUACUCUUGCUGAUGGGCGCCUUCAGCUUCUACAUACUGUUGCUAAUGCAAAAUCCACUGCUGAUGCUGAGGAAGGGCUCCUUUUCAUUCAAGAGAUGAUUGAACUCUCCAAGUCUCAAGCACAUCAACCUGAUGCUCCCCCUCAAGCGGUUCAUUUCAAGACCACCAAUGCUGCUGGUGCUGAACAAACAGUUGUGAUAAAUGCUGGCCCAGCACAUUUUGGCCAGGAACUACGUGGGAACAAUAAGUCACCUUAUUUUAGAAAAGGGGCAUAUUUUUUUCUAGUUGCUUCAGUUGCUUGUUUGCGUGUUGGCUGUACUGAUUAUUCUGCUGAAGAGCAUUGCUGGGCUCAGGAAUUAACAAUGGCUGUUACCCAAACCCCUUGCUUUGUCACUGGUCGAUUAACUGUGGCUGAUCCAUUACGGGCCUGCAGUGAUUUAAUAAACCCGGAAAGAUUAAAAAAGCGUAUUGUAAUUAUGGAGCGUGGAGAUUGUAUGUUUGUUGACAAGGCAAGGCGUAUUCAAAAAGCAGGUGCAAUUGCUGGAAUAGUGGUAGAUAAUACUCCAGGUACAUCUUCAGCAACAUCUCCGAUGUUCGCUAUGUCUGGUGAUGGGAACAAUGAUGUAACUAUUCCUGUAGUAUUCCUUUUCUAUCAAGAUGCUUCUCAGCUCCUGCAAGCUGUAGGCCAAGACCCUGGUUUAUAUGUGACUUUGGCUGAAAAAAUGACACCUCCCCAAGGCAAGUUGUUAAUCAAUAUAAGAAAAAACAUACCCAUUGAUAAGCUGAUUUCUGGUGGAAAGGAAUCAGAGAUAGCUAAAUAUAUGUCAAAAGCAUUCAGUGAAAAAUCAUCUGUUGAUUCAACGUUGGAACGGCUGAAGGAUUCAAUGCAAGAAAUUUUGAAUAGACAAGGGGAUGUACAAACAACAGUAAACAAAGAAAAUACAGGUAAUGGAGAAAUGACUCAAAUGGAUGUUGGUGAUUUCCAUGCAUCUGUUGAAUUUGACCACAGCAAUGGCAUGGAAAUGAUUCGGAUUUCACGACGUGAUGGAUCAGGAUCUGGAAGUGAAGGUUCAACUGCCCCUAAUGGCCUUCAGCCUCCUCAGUCCUCGACAAAUACAUCACCCAAACAGGAGCUAUUGAAACUUCCCAAAGAUCUUUUAUCUCCAGGAAUGCUAAGACUGUAUUUAGAAACUCUUCAAAAAGUCCGUUUGUUGUCUGGUGAAGAUCCAGCAUUUCAUAUUCAAAAACUAAGUGAACUGGCCCAGAUAAAUCCUUCUGCAUCUUUAGGUGGACCUUCAUUAGAAAAUGGCAACGAACAUAAAAAAGACGAUGUACUUAUAAAAGUGGAUACAGAGCGCAGUGUAGACUCAAUUGUGCCAAGUGACAAAGCGAAGAAAGAAGAAUAUACUAGUGAUAAAAAUGAAAGGACCAGUAUGUCCUCGAGUAGGACAAGGGGGGAAAAUGUAGUAAAAAAUAAAGUUGAAAAUGGUGAAGAAAAUAGAAGUAAAUCAGAAAAUGAAAUAAAAUCUCAUGAAGAACUGUAAGUAUGCUAAUUAGAAUAGUGAGUUUCAACUAUGACAAAAGUGUGUUUGUAAGAGAAGUCAUUAUAUUGAAAUUUUUAAAGAAUUUUGAAUGUUAUGACUGCUUUCUUUGACCCAUGAAAUUUACUGUACCCUUUCCCAUCAAAACAGAUCUUGUUUGGGUUCGGUUAUUUUAUGGGUUCUAGGUUAUGUAUGUGUGUGAAUAUUAUAGUUGGAUAGUGGAAUGUAAAUAAUAUACAUAUGUUACAAAACUUAUUGUUAAUCAGACAUGCUGGCAUGUGUUUUGUUGAAUAAUUGAAGUGUCUGUGAUUUUUUCAUUAUGUACUAAUUUUAUGGUCUGACAAAACUUAAUAUCCAAUAUUAAUGAUACACAGUCUCUUAAUGACCAUGUGUUUUCACAGUAAUCAUGGCCGUAAUGACAGGAACACCAGUAUUAUGUAAUAAAACGGAAUAUUUGUUAUACAUAAUAUUUCUGUUUGUUUUUUAUUAAUGUAACCUUGUACUUCUGAGUGUUUAAAACCAAAAAUUAUCAUCAUAACAUUUUUCUAGAAACACAAGUGGUCUGUAUCUGUAACUACUGCUCAGCUUUUGAACGAGCUUUUAGCUUUUUCAGAGAUUACCUUCAAGCGUGAAACUUAUGAUGAAACAAAUACAGAAAGGCCAAGCAAUCAAUGGUAAAAUAAAACUGUUGUAUUAUGUGGAAGUUUUAGUGC